AUGCGCUGUCCUGUCGGCGCGCGCAGCGGCCUGGCUGCCUGGUCGCUUGCGGCGGCUUUUCUGGUACUAGUUUCUGUGCUACUGGUGGCGGCGCCCGUGGCCAAGGGUCAGACAGUAUGGGGCGCGGACAGGAGCGUCAGAGAGGCAUCGCCGUCGCCUGCUGUGGCUGUGGGCACCAGCCGCGGCAGUGCCGUGUCCAACUGGGCAGGGGACACAACAAAUGGCAACAGUGGCAGCAGCAGUGCAGAGCAGUACACAGACAGUUACGAGAACGAAGCAGUAGCUGGCAGCAGCACCAGCAGCAGCAGCAGCAACAGCAGCAUCAGCAACAGCAGCAUUGGCGGCGGCAGCAGCAGCAGCAGCAGCAGCAGCAGCAGCAGCAGCAGCGGCGGCGGCGGCGGCGGCGGCGGCGGCGGCGGCGGCGGCGGCGGCGGCAGCAGCAGCGGCGGCGGCAGCCCCAUCUCCAGCCCCAGCCCGGCAGCAGGUGCAGGCAUCACUGACCAGAACCCGCUGUCUGCGUCUCUGUUGCCGUCUCCACUGUCCCCAGCAGCUGUAGCAAUACCGCCGCCGCCUCCGCCUGCGGCUGUUGCGCGUAUUGGCAUCCCCAGCAACAACGGCAGCACUGUGGUCCGCACCCGCAGCGGUGCGCUUGCCUCUGUGACGUUUGAUGGCUCCAGCAGCAGCAACGCCGACACAUAUGACUGGUCCAUUUCCGAGAUCCGUCCCACUACGCAGCCCGUCAUCCUCAGCCUCCCUGUGCCCCAGCCGGCGUCGUUUGAUGUCCUCCUUGGAAGUGGCGAGUUCCUAGUCACGCUGCGGAUUGUUGGCGCAUACGGCACGCACACGCAGGCGCUGUUGGUGGUGGUGCGGGAAAACCGCAUCCCCAUUGCCAGCGCCGGCGGGCCGUACACCGGCUACCUCGGGCGGCCAGUCGUCGUCACUGCCGGCCGCAGCAGCGACGCCGAUGGCGACCCUCUCAGCUUCCGGUGGACGCUGGCGCUGGCAGGAGGCAACGGCAAGGUGCUGGCAGAGGCGUUCACCUCAGAGUGGUCCUUCUUGGUGGCCAGCGUGGGCGAGUACGUGCUGACACUGGAGUGCCUGUUUGACAGGACCACGGGAGCUGGCGUGUACGCGUACGACAUCCUGUCAAUGCCCUCGCUCACAAACAUCAAGGCAUGGGCCAGCCAGGAGUGGCGCAACUGCACCUCUGGCCCCAUCAAGCCCUACGGGUCAGGCGCGGCGCUUGGAAGCAACGGCGCCUCACCUUUGGGCGCCCUGCUCUACGUGUUGGGCGCCAACAUCGCGUCACCAGACGCGGUGGUGUCGACGGGCGGCAACAAGACAGGGCUGGUGCUGCUCAACGCGACCGGCAGCACGCAGGCGCCCCUCCGGCCCAUCCUGCUCUACUCCUGGGUGGUGCGGCGCCUGCCAGACGGCCAGCAGGUGGCUGCGGCGGCUGGCAAGGCGACCAGCGUGUGGCUGGCAACGGGAGUGUACGCCGUCACGCUGACAGUGACAGACCUCGUGGGAGCCGCGGCAAACGCGAGCAAGGUGUUUGCAGUUUGGCCAGUGCCGGUGACGACGGCCGUCAUCAGCAGCCCGGCGGCAGUGGUGAUUGCGGCGGACGGCGACGGGACUCAGUUUCUGAUGUCGGCCAACGGCAGCCUGCCUGCGCCUGGCCGCAACCUCACCUACUUCGCCUGGCGCGUCACCUCGGUCCCAGACGGACGGGUUGUUGCCAGCGUUAUGGGCUACGCCGGCUACCUAAAACUUCCCACGGGCAAGUACACCAUUGAUCUGGCGGUCCAAGACAGCAGCGGCGGUAACUCGACAGCCAUCAAGCAGUUUGUGGUCGGCACCAGCAGCAACCCCAGCAACCCCAACCCCAACGCAACGGCCGUCGCGGCGAUAUCGCUGCCACCACCGUCUGUCCUGGCGGCUUCGGGGUCUGGUCUCACUCGUGUGGCUCUGGACUCAACAGGCUCGUUGCCGGCGGCUGGGACCCGCGUGGCCAAUGUGUUGUGGGCUGUUGUCAGCAUUCCAGGGCGCACGGCAGUCGCCAACACCACUGGGAGUGUCGGCGAAGUCUGGCUGUUCCCUGGCAACUACCAGGUGGGCAUGCUGAUCAGCGACACCGCGGGCAACACCGCCACCGCCCGUAAAUCUUUCUCUGUCGCGGCCUUCACUGCAGCACCCGAAGACACCUCCCCCUCAGUCGCCGCGGCGCCCAUUUUCAGGGCUGCCUUGGUGUACACUAUCAAGGCGGGCGGAAGCUUCUCGAUUGAGGGGGCCGCCAUGGACCCAGAUGGCAGCGUGGUGUCGUACAAGUGGACCCUCAUGGAGGUGGCCACCGGCAAGGUGUUGAUGGGGGACGGUGCGCGUGUGGCCGUGCCCUCAGUUGCAGCUGCUGGCGCCUACUCCCUGCUCAUCACCGCCAUGGACGGUCAGGGAGGUGCUGCCGAGGCUGCCGCCAAGGUGAUUGUCUCUACUGUCACGGGACCGCCGCCGUCGCCCUCACCAGCAGCUGUUCAAGCAGCGGUGGUGUCGACGCCGCCGCCCAUCUAUGGGUCAAAGCUGGCGGUGACCCUGCAGCUGCCAGCCAGAUCAUUCUUCCAGGGCGCUGUGAUGGAGGUGGACCCCGCCGUCAGUGGCCUGUUUGAUCUCAGCAGCGCCAGCUGGCAAGGAGAUCUGGCAGCCUCGACCUGCUCGCUCACGCUGGCCCCUUCAGACGCCCCUGCAGCUGGAGGCGGUGCGACCGUCUUUGGCUGCAGCACGCCGGCUCGGUUUCUGCUGGCCACCCCUGGGUCGUUCAGGCUGACUCUCAGGGUGGCCAACAAGGCUACUGGCAAGACAGCCAGCACUUCAUCAGCCAUCGCAGUCACAACCAAGCCCUUUUGGAGUGACUACUACACGGCCGCCUCGCCGCAGGGCUUUGUGACAGGCCGCUGCGCCACGGCGCAGCUGGUUGGGACCGAGUUUGCGCCGCUGGUGCUGUCGUGCAGCGGGGUGACGCUGCCCGUCGGCUGGGGGGCCGACGCAGGGCUGGACGUGGCCAAGCAGCAGCUGGCUUUUGCCUGGAAGCUCACCCCGCUGACAGCACGCGCGGCGGCGGCCCACAAGACGCCGCUCACACGCUCUUCAACGGGCGGAGGCACGGCCGCGUUUGGGGCAGUUGCGGCAGGGCUCUAUUUGGCAGAGGUGGCUGGAUUUGCCGGCGGUGCGGGGGGCGUCAGCACGUCGUCAGUGAACAGUGUCUACUACCUGUCAACGCUGCUGGUGGUGGCGCCAACGGCGGCGCUGGUGCUGGCGGCCCCAAAGCCCAGCUGUGCGGGGGCGGCUGUUACGCUCACAGCAGCAGCACCCACUGUACUGGCCGGCCAGUCUGCGGCGGCCGCGAGAUGGACGGUCGAGUGGCAGGAUGCAAAAGCGGCGACCGGCAAGGCGCUGAUGCUGGCGGGCAGCGGCGCGACCUUCAGCCUGGUGCUGCAGCCAGGGCGGUACUUUGCGACAGCCACGGUGGACGUCACCGACAGCGGCGUCGUGCGGCGGCUGGCCGGCAGGGCAACCAUCGACGCACGGCCUUGUGUCGCAUGCGCCUUGGGGCCCGUGAUCUUGCAUGCGGCGGCGGAGUCUUGCACAGCGGCGGCAGCGGACGCUGACAAGCUCCUGGCGGGUCUACCGCCGGCUUGGGUGGGGACGGCUGCCCAGCUCAGCUUUGCGGCGGGGUCCAACUUGUCGCCAGGGACGCGGGCUCUGACAAUAGUUGCACGGUCAGUGGCCACCAACGUCACCGCCAGCUGCACUGUGCAGCAGGUGACGGUUCGCGACGCCACGCCGCCGGAGGCCAGGCUGCGCAAGGGCCGGCUGCAGCCCUCCCACGCUCGCGUCGCCGCCUAG